CAAGCGGGUGUGAGAAGGUGCCAAGGGGGUAUAGGAUGCUAGAUUACAUGAUAGGCUAUUAGAAGAAAAGACGAACGAGAAGGGAAGGAAAGGAUACUAGCCAGAUCACCUGUGACCCCUACUUCUGGCCCCCCCUUGUAGAUUUCGGAAUGGUAGAGGAGCAUGGCCCAUGAUUGUCACUAUAGUGUCAUCUGCUCUGACAUGCUGGCCUCCCAAAGUACUCGCAAGGAUUCAGACUACUUCUGCGAUGGCUUCAAGUCUGCCAUCGGGGUGGCCAGUACUCAGUUACGUUCUGGCUCGUUUGCAUGUGUGCUUCUGCCGCUUGUCCUGCUAGGCAUUAUUCAUGCGUCUGAAGGCCUUGUCUCCGCUGUGCCAAUGCUACGUCAGUCCCAUGUCAAACCCCAUCCCGUGUACAAGUCUGCAAUGAGUCCCUCGAGCUUUGGCUAUCAUAGUGCCAGGAGCCACAUGCAAUGUAUGAUAUCUACCCGUUUUCGUACUCCUGCACUCGCUACCUGCCAUACCAUACUAUACCCUGCAGCCGCCCCCCUCUUGCACCCUGCUACCCUCAUUACUCACCCUCACCUGCCGGCAUCCUCCUACGCCCUUUCACACCUUCUCGCACAUGGGCCAUCUUGGGAGUGCAGGCAGAGACUCACCUACACCGCUCGGCAGCUCCUCGUCCACCACAAAUAUAAAGCGGGAGCCCUCAGGCUGGUCAGAAUAAGGAUGUCGAGGUCCAUUCUUGCUCUUCACGAGCAUGGUAAUGAAUUGUAGCCAUCCGAUGCGAAGACAGUUACUGUGGACAACAAAAGAAUAAGUAAUGUAAUAACUCCUGACAAGUAAGGUGAUUGGGGGUCUGGCUGGGGGAAAGCCAAACAAAACCCUUUUUGGGCGAAGCUGAUCACUCUGGACUCUCUACUACCGUAACAUAGUAGUACUCUGCUUUGAUCACUCUCAUUGAACUGAUCACUCUCGCUUUCCAUACAGCCUAGACUCGUGACCAGUCCUUCUACUUCAUAUAUAGACGGACUGGUCACCAGCAUAAUCUUAGCGCCUGCAACACAAUCCACAUAACACCACAUAGCAAGGAGUCGCAUUCC